AUGUCAUCUGCCAACUCGGUGAGAAAAAAGUGCAUGUUCAGUGAUUUACGUCACUGUGUUGUUCACUUUCGUUCUAUCCUUUUCACUAGAAGUGAAAGUGAAAGUGAAAGUGAAAUAGCUAGAAAUAAGAGGCUACAGACCAAGCAUAAAAUGGCUUCUAUGGAGUUUACACUGUUAUUUGGCUUGUCUGUGCUGAUCUGUGGAUUCCAGGCCAGUAAGGAUGCCUCUCAAAGGAAAAGUGGAAGAAUUCCCUGUUCGACUGGAAGCACCAGACAGACUGAUCACUUGGUAGCAGACAAUAUACCUCAUGUGAUGAAAGACAAGUCCUGGCUAGUGCUAUCAGCAUCUGACGAAGAGCACAAUGAUUUGGAAGGUGUCAAAUUUAUUCUCAAAGACUCAUCACUAAAUCCUGUCCGGUUUUUGAAGAAUGACGCAGAUAGGCUUAUCUGCACGAUUACUUUAAAUUUCACUGAUAACAUUCAGAUUAUCUGGCCCAGUCUUCAGAACGAUGAAAAUACAAAUCAAUGGUUUUCAGCUGUGAUUAGACAUCCAGAUGGCAAUUUUCAGGUGACAAUAUAUAUGAGUGAGGUUACCGAGAGAGCAUCAGUGGAAGAGCAUAAAUUGCAACAACACAAAUUCCUGGACGCUGAUACACAUCAUGUUACAGCUGUUUAUAUAUUAAGUACCAAUACUCCUCUUAUCCAGUCAACACUAAAGAAAGAUGUUCUUUUGGAUUGUUCCUUCUCGUUGGACCACCAAGUCGAUGUCACAGUAACUUGGUUAUUCCAGGGGAAAGGGCGGAAAAAGAUAAAACUACUGACUUAUAAUGGAGCCAGAAAAACGAUCCAAUAUCAUAGUGAACAUGUGACGGUGCAUGAAGAAGAUUUACUAAACGGGAAUGCUUCCAUUUUAUUAAGAGACGUUGCACUAGAAAACCAAGGAGUUUACACAUGCUCUGUAUCUGCAGCCGGUCUAUAUGGGGACCAAAAUGUUCACCUUGAAAUCUGGGAGAGUCCAGUCGUCAGUUUAAAUGUGGAAUCAUUAUUACUCGAAGAAGGCCAAGAGGAGAAAAUCCUAUGUUCUGCGUCUCAUUACUAUCCACUAGAUGUAAACAUUGAAUGGCUGCAGGAAGAUCAGGAUAAAUUACUUGUGCCUAGCAUAGUGCAAAAUACCUUCUUCAGUGGCCACAUAUACAACUCCGAUGGCACCUAUAGUCUUAUCGGCUUCUUCAUGUUCCGAGCUUCUCUGCAGGAUAACGGCAUCACCUUUACUUGCCGUGUGGAGCACCCAAGCCUGGCAUCACCUAUAAGGAGACGUGUUCAAAUUACUGUCAUAGAAUCUAAAAGAUGGCGCUUGGAAGAAUGGUUGAUUUUGACUGUGGUUAUUCUGUCCCUGAUACUUUUUGUCACUUUUGUCCAUAUUUGGAGAGGAAGACUCUCAAACAAGGAAGCCUGUGUGAAGAGUACUACAUUGACCCUCUGUAGCACCUCUGGUUCCUACAGGCUUUUUCAAGUUGUUGGAAAACUGCGGGCAGGAAUCAAUUUUCAUUAA